GGAGUUGACAUUUGACAUUUGAAUAGAGUUUCCGAACCGCCUUUGUUUUCAAAAUUUGUAAAGUUAUAGAAAUAUGUGUAAAUAAACAAUAAAAAAUAUUUUAUAGUUUACACAGAUAUUCCAAAUAACUAUUUUUUUUUACGCAGUAGCUCCAGUGGUAUCAUGAAAGUUUGUUUCUUUCAGAUAAGUAAAAUGCCUACAAACUGAGAUUGCGUGGGUUUACCUUUGUAAUUCGCGAAUAAUGAAGCCGGGAAAGAGUUCUGAUGAGAAGGAGGAAAUAGUAGAAGUACACUCGAGUGCACGCUCACCCUCUCCUAAACACAAAAACAAACAGAGACAACGAAGCAGUUCUGGAUCUAGAAAACUAUCAAACGGUCACGCUAUUGAACCUGAAAAUACAGAAACGGUGGAAACACCAGAGAAGUCCAAGCGAGGUAGCUGGAUUAAAUCCGAACACGAAUCUUUGGACACUGAGCUUCCUAUACACGAUCAAAUCAAGCAGGAUAUUCUAGGCUUUGUCGAGAAGGAAAUUAAGAAAUCUGACAAGAAUCCGUCGUUUGUAUUUUAUUCUCACGAUCCAAAUGGUUUGGAUGAAAAGUUUCUGAAGUCACUGUCCCGUCCGUCAAGUGGACAUAAGGAAAAACGUAGUCCAUCAUACAGGAAAAAAAAGAGACAUUCCUCAAGGCAUAGAGAUCGCGAUCUACAUGAUUUUGAAAUACCAGGCUCCAGUCUAAGUGCAUUGGAAAAGGUGGAUGAUUAUUUAAAAGAGUACAAUAAAGAUGAAGUAGUAACACUCAGCGGUGAAUUGGAAAUUGAACAUAAUGAUUUUGAGAACAAUAACGGCACGUCAAAAGAUAUCCGCCACAAACCUCGCAAGACAAAAAGAAAAUCUAGAGACGAGAGACGAGAUACUAAUGCUAAUGGUAGAGAUGUAAGCCCUAAGGUUUUCAAGACUGGCUCUAAGUCAAAACAGGGAAAGUCAGUGAGACCGACGGACUUGUCUGCAAUGCUACAAACCCUGGAAUCCAGCAUACCAUACCAUGAAGAUUACAUUGACAAUCCAUUUUCAUCACCGUCUCCAGUUACAUCACCGAAUGAUGAAAGGCUAGAUCGAUUUGGAGCUCGUCGUACUGAGAAGAUAUAUCUUCAAGGUGGAGGUACAUUCACUGCUGUGUCAAGAGAUAGAAUAUUACAGCCUCAACGAUCUAGAGAUGGUGAUAAAUACUUAAGCUUAGCCGACCACACCCCACUAGAUGUAGCCUUGAUGCUUCAGAAAGCAUGGAAGAGUUGUGCUGUGGCUUGUCACGGAGUACUCGGUGGAUUGUCUUUGAUGCAUCUUCUCCUGAUCGGCUAUACUGAUGGAUUGGAUGCUGGACAUCUGUCCUUCCACUCCGUUGUAACAAUGCCUUAUGUCGCUGCAUACUAUUUCUUUUGCGUGUUGUGUCUUCUGUCUGUUUUGGAUAGAUUAGACAUAGCAAGCUUGGAUCUCAGUAGAGGUCUCCAACCCUACUUCCAGCCGAUAGUUCUAGUCAUACUAUACAUGGCCUGCCUACUGGUCUGCGCGGCUGCCAGGAUGUACGAUGAGCUGAUGGUGUACCAGUACACGCCUCUGGUACACAACAUCACCGGGAAUCUUACCACACCAACCAUACCGACCUUCUAUCACACAUGGACACACUUCUCCAUAUGGCGCGCGGUCCUGUCAGUCCUGGGCCUGGUCUACUUCGUGAUAUCCUCACCUGAGGACCUCGUCUACGCAAACAUAAGCAAACUGUUACAGUUUAAACAUUCGUUGCGCAGUAUUGAAUGAUUCUUCGAGGGGUCAGGAGAGGUAAGCCGUGACGUCACAUCUCCCGGGGUCAGGAGAGGUAAGCCGUGACGUCACAUCUCCCUCAACAUUCCAUAGAUUUGGAUAUUGUUAUUAUAUUAGAUUAAUGUUUUUUUUUUUGUUAAAAACAUUACACUCAUAGGCUAUAAACAAAAAUAAAUAAUAACCCGAACAAUUUUAUGUUUUAUCUUCAUGAUUCUGAUCUGAAAAUACUAAAGUUAACGACAUCUUGAUGUUGGUAAAGAUUAGGUUGAAAGAGUCUGUUAUAUAGACAGACACAGAUGAAUUGAAUAAAAGCGUGAUAAAAUAAUUUUUGUUUUAGUUCAUGAUCAUGUUUUUAAACAAAUAGUUUCUCGAUGAAGUAAAAACGAUGCCUCCAAUGAACACUACUCUAACUCAAAAUUUAGAAAUUUUCGUUUUUCACGCAAAUCGCUUCACUAUUUUAAAAGUAUUACAAAUCAUUAUUGAUGGGGUUCGAAGCAAGAGUAAAUCAGCUAGUUACACAAGAAAAAAACAUAAAUAUAUCUGCAAUAAUAAAGAUUUUAUCAACUUUUUUCGUUUAAAGCUCCUCCUGUAAACCUACGAAUUUGGAGUUAACGUAGUGUUCAUUGGAGCCAUCGAAAAAUUGUAGUCAAGUUGAUGUUCCAAAAAUAAAGCCAAAGUGUUAAAUCUAGUCAACGUAACCAAGUGAUCUGAAAUUUUCUGUUUUUUUUAAUUUAAAAGUCUAAGCUAAGAAGUCUAAAAAGACAAUACUUAUCUAAACAAUUAGGUAUUAAAGUAAUGUAAAGUAAUUCAUGCGUGUCAGUAAAUGUGGGUAAAUGUGAGUUUUACAAAAAUAGGUCGAUGAACUUCAAUAUCUUGCACUAAUAUCGUAUUUUAGUUUUGAGGAACAGCAAGUAAAUGGGUUUUCACUCAAAGAAAGGUUCACUCACUAAUUUAAUUCCCAAUUUCAAUAAUGGACUGUUUUUGAUAAAAGUCAAUGAUUUGAUAGAAUAUAAAUAUGAUUAAAACGUUUAUUAUUACGAAUAACAUAUGGAAAUAAUAAUAUACGAAUCAUCGGAAAAAAUGAAAUGAAACAAAUGAAAAUGAAUAUAAAUGUAACAUUAAACCGUAAUAGUGUUAAUGACCAUCAUAAUGUUUCACAUAAUGAAGUACAUAAUUUUAGAAAGCUAGUAUAAUUCUUAAAAACAAGUUUUAUUAAAUAAUACAAUAUUUAUUUUCACAUUACUACAUUAUACAUUAUACACAAUACUACACAUUAUUGAUUGCUAGAUAGUUCCAAAAUAAUUUAAGUAAUUCAUUAGGUACAUAAUAUAAUAUCUACAAAUUAAAACUAUAUAUUUUAAGAACUAUUUAGUAUUUAUUAAAACACAAGGAUGCGAUAAUACUAGAUAAUGUUAUUCAUGUGGCAAAAAAAUAUCCAUAAAACCAUCACAAAUGUAAAUAAUCUUAUUUUAUAAAAUAUGAACAUAAUCACACAAAAAAAAAGUAAAUAUAAUUAUAACCUAUAAUAUUGUUAUCAUAAAUUAAUUAUGUAAUAUAAAUAUUAUUAUAUUCUACACAAUGUAAAAGAAGCGUUUUAAAAUUGAUAUAGUAGUGACUAUAUACGGGAAGCAAGAAAGCUAAUACUUAAAUGAACCCGCAAAGGAAACGGAGGCAUACACCGUGUCGUUGACCCCGCGCGUCGGCUGAUUUAAGUUGCAUUGCAUUGUGCGCUAUCUUUUUUUUUAUAAAACAAAUAUUUAGGCUCUUGUUUUUAAAUGUUUUUUUUUUUUGCUUAGAUGGUUGGACGAGUUCACAGCCCACCUGAUGUAAGUGGUUACUGGAGCCCAUAGAUAGUCAUCUACAAAGUAAAUGCGCCACCGACCUUGAGAUAUAAGCUCUAAGGUCUCAGUAUAGUUACAAUGGCUGCCCCACCCUUCAAACCGAAACGCAUUACUGCUUCACGGCAGAAAUAGGCAAGGCGGUGGUACCUACCCGUCUGGACUCACAAGAGGUCCUACCACCAGUAAUUUCGCAAAUUAUAAUUUUUUCGGGUUUUGAUUUUUAUUACACGAUGUUAUUUCUUCACCGUGAAAGUCAAUCGUAAACAUUUGUUAAGUAUGUAUUUCAUUAGAAAAAUUGGUACCCGCCUGCGGGAUUCGAACAUCGGUGCAUCGCUAGAUACGAACUCUUAUCCUUUAGGCCACGACGACUUCGAAUGUCCAUAAUCACCGGCACCAGGUAUCAACUGUCUUUGUAUUCAGAAACAUUUGCACACGACACGGUAUGUUAUUAUGAUAACCCUUUUUUUUUCUCAUAGAAAUGUGUUGAAAUUCUAACUUCUUAAUAAUAAAAUUUAUACAAUUUUCGGGUUAGAUUUAUUUUACACGAAUUCGUUCGUGAGCACGUAGCUAUAUAGAGUACGUAUUUUCUUUGUUAUAAAACGAAUUGUAUUUAUUAAUGUCACGUGCAAAUAUAUACAUACCUAGCCUGUUUUUCUUGACGUUCGCUAGGCGCUAGAGAUUAUUAUUAUGUUGCUUUAAAAGAUUUGAGUUCUUUUAUUUUUUUUGUUUAUUAUCAUACGAUGAAGGUCUAAAUAAAUAUGUUUCGUUUUGUACUUGUAAGUUAUUGUAAACAAUGUAUAUCAAAUGUUCCGAAUAAAAUGAAUUUAUGAAUA